GGUAGUAAGGCGAUAGCGCGCUCGCCUUGACCAUGGCGAAGUACCUAAGAAUAUUAACAAUUUAUCUGAUCGUCCUAACAUGUGUCUGUGUGCAUAGCAAAUCAUCAUUUAAAAUAUGCGUCCCAUCGCAGUACUUAAAAUCGUGUCAAGAAAUGGCGAAUGCACCCACGAAAUCCAAGACCCAGAUUGAAUGCGUACCGGCCAGGGACAGAGUCGACUGCCUAAACUUAGUACAACAACGUCAAGCUGACAUUGUGCCAGCCGACCCUGAAGACAUGUACUGCGCCACGAAAGUGCAGAACCAGGACUUUGUGGUGAUACAGGAGUACAGAACUGUUGAAGAGCCUGAUGCACCGUUCAGAUACGAAGCCGUCAUAGUGGUCCACAAAGACCUGCCGAUCAAUAAUCUGGAUCAACUGAAGGGGCUCAAAUCCUGCCAUACUGGAGUAAACAGAAAUGUGGGAUAUAAGAUUCCGCUGACAAUGUUGAUGAAGCGUGCAGUUUUCCCCAAGAUGAACGAUCACUCCAUAUCACCCAAAGAGAACGAGCUAAAAGCUCUCUCAACAUUUUUCUCAAAGAGCUGCAUCGUUGGCAAAUGGUCGCCGGAUCCAAAAACCAAUUCUGCUUGGAAAAGUCAGUACAGUCAGUUAUGCGCUAUGUGUGAGCAUCCUGAUGUCUGCGACUAUCCUGACAACUACAGUGGUUACGAAGGCGCUUUGAGAUGUCUGGCUACCAAUGGCGGUCAAGUCGCUUUCACUAAAGUUAUCUACGUAAGAAAAUUCUUUGGGCUUCCACAUGGCAAAAUCCCAGCUGGCACUGCUGAACAAGACCCCGAUGGGUACAGCUACCUCUGUGUCGAUGGUUCGAAGGUUUCUGUUAAGGAUAAAGCAUGUACCUGGGCAGCCAGACCCUGGCAAGGACUUAUAGGACAUAAUGAUGUUCUGGCGCAGCUGUCGCCUUUGAGAGAGAAGAUUAGACAGUUGUCUCAAUUUGGCGCUACUACGCGGCCGGGUUGGUUCACCGAAGUGCUAGGGUUGUCGGACAAGAUAUACCACGUCGCCGACAACAUCCCUAUAAAGCCGAUGGAUUACUUGAACAAAGCUAACUACACCGAGGUAAUCGAGAGAGGCCACGGACCGCCCGAACUGAUCGUCAGGUUAUGCGUGACGUCAAACGUAGCCCUCGCAAAAUGUCACAUGAUGUCUGUGUUUGCGUUCAGCCGGGACAUUCGGCCGCGUCUUGAUUGCGUUCAAGAGGCUUCUGAAGCUGACUGCCUGAAGAGCGUACAAGACAACGGUUCAGACUUGGCAAGCGUGGACGAUAUGAGAGUAGCAUCAGCUGCCAACAAAUACAAUUUACACCCAGUCUUCCAUGAGGUUUACGGUGAAGCCAAAACACCAAACUACGCUGUUGCAGUAGUUAAGAAGAAUACACAGUUCAAUAACAUCCAAGACUUGAGAGGGAAGAGGUCUUGUCACAACAGAUACGGUACAUUCAGUGGCUUAGACGCUCCUCUUUAUUAUCUCAUCAACAAGAAAGUAAUUUCUAGUGGUCAGUGUAUCAAAAACUUGGCCGAUUUCUUCAGCGAGGGCUCAUGUUUGCCUGGAGUCGACAAGCCGGAAAACAAUCCCAGAGGGGAUGACGUAACGAGACUUCGCAAACAAUGUACAGGAGACGACAGCCCACUGAAAUGCCUUCAAGAAAACCGCGGUGACGUAGCAUUUGUUUCAAGCGCUGAUCUCCCAAGCUUCGACGCAUCAGAGUACGAAUUACUCUGUCUUAACCGUGAAUCUGGCGGACGGGACGCCCUCGCACAAUACAGUACCUGCAACAUCGCGAUGGCACCCUCACGCACUUGGAUGGCCGCUAAAGACUACUUAUCGGACGUCUCUAUCGCCCAUACACCACUCAGUCUAGCCCAGUUACUAGACACCAGAAAAGAUCUGUUCAACAUUUAUGGAGAAUUCCUCAAAAACAAUAAUGUCAUUUUCAAUAAUGCCGCCACUGGUUUAGCUACAACAGAGAAAUUAGACUUUGAGAAGUUCAAGCAGAUCCAUGACGUCAUUUCUAAUUGUGGUGUUGCUUAGUUUAUCAUAAGAUACUUACCCUUUAUUAAGGGCUUUAGGGUUUAAGUUAACUAACUGAAUAAAAUAAAGAACUAUUUUACAUCUUUUGAAUACCUUUUCAAUGGGUAUUAACUUUCAAAAUUAUUAACAAUUAAAAUGGUUCUUUGAAAUACUAACCAGAAGAAGGAGGUCUCAAAAACAAGUCUGAUUAAAUAACUUUUAUUACAUCACUUAUAUUGACAAUAAAUAAAUAAUACCGAAAAAUUUUCACUUUUUAUUUUGGCUCUAAAGAAAUGAUUAUAACGAUGCUAAUAACACAGUGAUUGCAACAGUGAGGCCGAGCAUGGCAUAGCCAGAGGAGUAAACUUCUUUGAUGGUAAGUCCCUUAGCCAUGUCCCAUACAAGAUGUCUGAUUCCAUUAGCAAAAUGAUAGCCGACUGGUGCAGCAAGCAAGAACUUUGCAACAAAUAAGGUUGCUGGAGACAAGUUGAGGUUCUCGAUAAUGGCAAUAUAGUGUGAGAUGUCAUGUGGCAAUACUAAUGCUCCAAUGCCCAGUGCUCCAAAGUAACCCGACAAGAUGAUUCC